AUGAACAAAGCCAAGGAAUUGAGCACAUUCACUAAACUGCUAGCCUAUGAGCUCAACAAGAUUUACGGUCACCAACGCUUUCUCAAGAGACUCUUGAGAGGCAUGUACAGACUCUAUGUCGACUCGCGACUAAUACCGAAUAUUUGGUUGCGGGAUAAUUGCCAAUGCGGAAGUUGCAUGCACGACACUACCAAGCAGCGACUGAUUGACACGUUCUCUAUACCCAAGGAUAUCUCGAUCAAAUCACACUGGAUCGAGGGUGAAGGAGAAGAUCCCACAUUCAAGAUUGAGUGGAGUGACGGCCACGAGAGCAGAUACCUGCGCUCUUUCCUGGCUCAAACCACCACUACUGAGGACUUCAAAGCCAUUCAGCGCCAAGGACUUGUCGAACUCAACCUAUGGGAUUCAAGAAUCGCCUCCAACCCCCCAACACAGGCAUACCACCACGUGAUGAGCCGCGAUCCCAAAAAACUUCUGAGGAAGAUCCGCACACAUGGAUUUUGCUACGUCGACGGAACACCUUCUGAAAAUCCUUUGUUCACAAAGAUGUUACUGGAGAGGAUUUCUUUCAUUCGUGAAACGCAUUAUGGGGGCUUCUACGACUUUACUGCGGAUCUAGCAUCAAACGACACAGCAUACACCAACAUCGCUCUCGAAGCUCACACAGACACGACCUACUUCUCCGACCCCGCGGGUCUGCAAGCCUUCCACUUGCUCUCGCACACCGACGGCGAAGGCGGCGCGAGCUUGCUCGUCGACGGAUUCAAAGCCGCAGAGGAGCUGAGACAAACAGAUCGGAAAGCAUACGAAAUCUUGUCCACGGUGAAUGUUCAUGCACACGCAAGUGGAAACGAGGGUAUAAGUAUACAGCCCUACCGCGGUUUCCCCGUCCUAGAACACGACACCGCUACCGGUGACCUCCUCCGCGUUCGGUGGAAUUCUUCCGAUAGAGCCUCCAUCGAGCUGCCCAUCGAAGAAGUCGAGACGUGGUACGAUGCAGCCCGAAAAUUCGACGCCAUACUCAAGAAAAAGGAGAAUGAGUAUUGGGAACAGCUUGUCCCAGGGAGGGUACUUAUCUUCGAUAACUGGAGGGUGUUGCAUGGGCGGAGUAGCUUUACAGGGAAGCGGAGGAUUUGUGGAGGGUAUGUCAACAGGGACGAUUGGAUAAGCAAGUUUAAGAUGCUAGAGUUCGGCAGCGAAGACGUGUUGAAGGGGUUGGCUGUGAAUUAGAUGUGAAAAAGGAAGAAAAAAAAACUUGACAAGGUAGAAAUACUGUACACAGGACAUGUUUUCAGGAGCUGGUAGUGGUGUGCAAAAACGUGAUGUCUGGUUCAUCAGAACUUAUAUACACUCUGGAUACCACAUUGACCGUUCCCCUACGAACCCCUCGCAGCCCUUUCCUGUUCCAGCUCCAACUCGGCUUGGCGAUAGUACUUGGCCGUGUCCACACCGUGGUAAGGGUGGUUGACAAAGUUUGGCCACGUGAGGACAUGAGCAAAUGUAGCCGC